AUGUGUGAAACUCCGGCAGUCAACGGAGAGCAGCGGAAGGAUGAGCGGCCGCCGGCCGUGGAUGAUCUGGUGGGGUGGAGGGAUUUCCCCAAGGGCCUCAGAGUUCUCCUUCACGAGGGCGGCUCCUCUUCCUCAGACAUCAAAUCCAAGCUUGAACGGAUGGAGUAUUCCGGUAAGAGAGAACCCUCCUUGUCGUCUCUGUCGAAAUGUUCCCUAAAUAGGAAAGCCGGCGGUCACACUGCUUCCCAGUUCAGAUUAUCGGAUGGCGACUGCUCUGGUUUCUCUCCUAUUCGAUAACCCUAGUUCUUCUUCUUCUUACAGUGUCUCUCUUUGGCAAUGAGAGGGAGGCGCUGGAGGCGGUAGCCUGCAAGUCGGAGAGCUUCCAUGUCGCCAUAGUCGAGGUAUCCGAGCUCGGAUUGAUCCUCCAUGAGAGAACCUCUUCCUACUUUCCUUCCUUUUCAUGAUCGCCAAUCCUCGCAGGUGACCGCUGCCAACAGCGAUAGCUGUUUCAGGUUUCUGGAGACGGCUAGAGGACUCCCCACCAUCAGUAAGAAGCUCUUCCUCCUUCCCAUAUCCGGAAACGGAACCAGUCUGUUCUUCCUUCUCGCUUUCCAUUCCUUCCCUCUUCUUGUCGAUGCUAUUCAUUACCGUUUCGUUUUGUAAGCUUUUUCCUCUUCUUCCUGAUGUUGUCACCUGUUACAGUGAUUUCAGAUGCCGAGUGCAUAGAAACUAUGAUGAGAUGCAUAGCGGUGAGUUCUCACAUCGCUCUCGAUCUGUUCUUCAGAUUACCAGAAAUGGGUUUCACUUUGAUCCUGAUUCCGCUUAUUUUAUUUUAUUUUAUGUUUUUUUGUUUUCAGCUGGGCGCGGCGGAGUUUCUCCAGAAACCCGUCUCGGAGGAGAAGCUCAAGAAUAUAUGGCAGCAUGUGGUUCACAAGGUAACUGGAUCAGAACCUUUGUUGAGCUAUUAUCGCAGCUGAGUCUGUGAAAAUUUCUAAAUUGGGUGAGCUCUGAGCAGGCCUUCAAUGCAGGCGGCGGCGCCGCGAUCUCCAAAUCCCUGAAACCCGUCAAGGAGACAGUCUCUUCCAUGCUCCAGCUCCGUCCGGGUGAAGAUUCUGGGGAGCCGGCGGCGGCACCGGCGGAGGAGGAGGAGGAAUCCUCGCCGGCCGGCGACCGGUUUCCGGCGCCGACGACGCCGCAGCUGGAGCAGUUCAGCCGAUCCGCGCCAUCGGAUCUGUCAAAGACCUGCAACAAAUCCGUCGACGAAACGUGCAACAACUCCACCGGCGAGGAAGACGAUGGCGAGAAGGAGAUCUCCGCGCCGCCGUCUUGUCCGAGCGACGAGGGCGACGUGGAGGAUCCGACGAAGAGCGCCGACGCUGCUCUACAACGCAGCCCACCGCCGUCUGGGAGCAGAGCCAGCAAGAAGAGGAUGAAGGUCCCGAAACCAUAGCGAUUUCCCUUCCGUUUUUCCACAGAAAACAAUCCCAGAAACCAAAAGUCAAAUAAGCAGAUCAGAAACCAGGAAUAUCAUCUGACUUAAUUCAUGAUUUCGUUUCGAACAGGUGGACUGGACGCCGGACUUGCACCGGCGGUUUGUUCAGGCGGUCGAGCAGCUGGGUAUCGACCAGGCCAUCCCUUCCAAGAUCUUGGAGCUGAUGAGGGUCGAAGGGUUGACCAGGCACAAUGUGGCCAGCCAUCUGCAGGUGACCUUGACGAUAUUUCAGUUUAUCGAUUUCUUCAUCGACAUCCCUUGACUUUUCAUUUGACUUUAAUCCUGAGCAUUUCUUCAUGAAAUAAAGUCCCACAUUGCACAGUUCUACUCCCAACUCGCAGCUGUUCGUCAAAAUAGUUGACUUGUGGAUUUUUCUUCAUGAGAUUGUAGACCCACUUGGCGCAUUUCUACCUCGAUUCAUCGAUUUCUUCAGCGCAUUUCUUCCUCGAUUAAUCAGUGAUCGUCACUAAUCGUCGAUUUCUACCACGUUGCAGAAGUAUCGGAUGAGGAAGAGGCACGCGCUGCCCAAGGACGACGCCCGGGGGUGGCAGCGGGCGGCGAACCCGCCGCCGCCGGCGAGGGCCUGCCAGUACCGGCCGCUGGUGGCCUUCGCCGGCCCCGGUGGCUACACCGGCAGCCACGUGUAUCCCGUCUGGGGCCACCCCCACGCCGCCGCCGCCGUCCAGCCAUGGCCCACCGCCGCCGCCGCCGGGUUCCCGUCGUGGCAGCCCCCCGCCGCCGCCGCCGGGUUCCCGCCGUGGCAGCCCCCCGCCGAGCACUGGCCAUGGAAGACCUUCCCCAGGGUAACGAAUGGACCGACGAUCAUCAUCAUCAUCAUCAUUCAUCGUUCAUCAUUCAUCUGAUCAUGUGGUGUUCUUCAGAUGCAUGCCGAUGCAUGGGGCUGCCCCGUCGUUCACCAGAGCCCCUACGCCGCCGCCGCCACCACACCCAUCUCGCCCCAGGUGAGUCUUAUUUAUUUAUUUAAUCAUUUUAACGAAAAUGAGCAAUAUAUCGAAUAAUAAUAAUCAUAAUAAUAAUAAAAAUGUGGGUUUUGAUUGGCGUGUCGCAGUAUACUACUCAGCCGCCGACUCGGCGGCCCUGCGCUGCGCAGCAGCAGGAGGACGACGUCGGCCUGGUAACCAAAUCUCUUAUUAUUAUUGUUUUUAAUAAUUAUUAUUAAUUGUUAAUUGAAUUGGACGGUGGUGAUGGAUGAUGAUGGGGCAGGCGGAGGAGUUGAUCGAUGAGGUGGUGAGGGAGGCGCUGAGGGAGCCGUGGAGGCCGCUGCCGCUGGGGCUGAAGCCGCCGUCGACGGAGAGCGUGCUGGCGGAGCUGCACCGGCAGGGCAUCCACAGAGUGCCCCCCCGCUGA